AUCGUACGGUCUUUGUCCCAACAUUUUUUUCGGAUCCACCUCGGGGCCGGCUCGGCCAAGCGCAGCGGGAUGCCGCACCAUUUCCUGAAUCUCAGAUGGAGCAAAGAGACACUAAAGCAUCGGGGAAGCGAGAGUGGCAAAGGCAGCCAAGCUAUGAUAGUAUAAAAUAUUUUCAGGUAUCAUAUCAUAGGAGGGUUUUUUCAAUUUCACCGCAAUACCCGUACCUCACUCGAGUACGAUACCGGCAGAAGGCAAAUUUUGUUGCGGCAAUUCGCCUAUGAUACCAAGCCUCAAAUUGUUGCGCCAUCUCAGCCUCCAAAAUUUACCCGCUCCAAUCCGACCUUUACGAAAUUAUAUGGUGUCAUGCGUGGCAUCGGUUAACUUUUACCGGGGGAAACUGUGCCCUAAGAUGUCUGAACUGUGUGGCGUCGCCGACCGAUGCGAGGCAGAAAAAACAAAGCUUGACCUGCGAUCAACUUGCACCAAGCUUAACGUUAAUCCCGCCUUGUACGAUAUCUCGCCGUACCGCCUCACCGCCUCACCCUUUCUUCGACCUCUCUCUUCCUCCCCCUACCGUGUCCUAUCUCCCUCAACUCCGGAAUCCCCAAUCAUGGAUGUUCACGACCCUCCGCGUUGGCUAUCUAUCACCGGUCAACCACUCCCUAACCUCGAAUUUCCGAACGGUAUCACAGGUAUGCUCCCUCCAUCCGCCCCUGAACAUCAUCCACUAAGCUAACUGCAUGAAAGGAAAAUGCCGCGACAUCAAAGAGUUCGAGAAGCUGAACCAACUAGGGGAAGGGAGUUUGUUUCCCCCCAUUCCUGGCAUUGAUUUACUGUGAUCCAUUGUGUUAACCAACUCUUCAAUCAAACAGCGUACGGGGUGGUACAUCGAGCUCGAGACCGCGGAUCCGAUAGAAAGAAAAACAUUGUCGCUCUCAAACAAGUUCGAAUUUUCGAUUCUGACCGCGGGAACGGCAUUCCAAUUACCGCUCUACGCGAGAUCUCCAUCUUGAAAUCCCUCCGGCAUCCCAACGUCGUCAAUGUUCUGGAUGUUGCUGUGGGUGCUGAAUUUGACGAGAUUUACAUGGUCAUGGAAUACGCGGAACAGGUUGGUGGAAACUUUUUUCUCUUUUGGAAUUUUUACUUGACGGACAAUUGGCGCACCUCGACUGGCUUAUGGAUUCCUUCGUUCAAAUGGACGAUGGAGUUUUGUGCUUGCGUUUCGGUUAUUCUAGGAUCUGGCAAACCUUCUUGAUCAUGCGAGGGUCAGGUACUCUGAGAGUGAAGGUAUGCACCUCCUUCUAUAAUUCCUUUUGCCCAAGCGGCAACCUCAAGCCUGACUGUCACGUAGUGAAAUGUCUUAUGAGGCAAUUGGUGGAAGGACUGGAAUACCUGCAUCGGCGCGAUAUCAUCCAUCGGUAUUUUCCUUCAAAAUCUUCUGCCAAAUUCAUUCUAACAUGGACACUAUAGGGAUAUCAAAAUGUCCAAUCUCUUACUCACAGCUGACGGCAUCUUGAAGAUUGGUAAGCUUGAUCAACACCUCGCUUAUGAAAGACAAACUAACACCCGCAGCUGAUUUUGGCAUGGCACGCGAGUAUUCCCCCCGUCCCCUCACCCCCGGUGUGGUUACAGUUUGGUACCGAGCGCCCGAACUCCUCCUAUCGGCCAACCGUUACAGCCCUUCUGUGGACAUCUGGUCGGCCGGCUGUAUCAUGGGGGAAUUGAUCCUCCAGAUGCCCCUUCUUCCUGGAGAAACCGAGACCGAGCAGUUUUCUCUUAUCGUCAAACUCAUUGGUUCGCCCAACGACAAAAUCUGGCCCAAGAUGCGUCUCCUCCCCGGUAUCUACGAAAAAAGCGCUGGCAGCAGAGGCAGAUACUACAAUCCACCUGUCGGGGCUCAGAGCGAGAACAUGCUUGAGAGGCACUUGAAGGGUCAAACAAAGGAGACAAUCAGAUUGAUCAACGAGAUGUUGACCUACGACCCCGAUCGGAGGAUCACAGCCAGUGAAGCUUUGAGACAUAAGUACUUCACUAGGGAAAUGCCGCCCGCCCAGAGGCCAGAGUUGAUACAGACUUUCCCGGAGAUCCGCAACGAGCGUUGUGACGAUGGCAGUCAUCAUGCUAGGGGCGGCGAGGGUUUGGGCAAGAGAAAGGCAAAGGAUGCAGGCGGCUCCUACGUCUUUGAUUUUCCUGAUAACGGAUUUGCCGAGAGUCUCGAUGGCGGGAAAAAACGGAGACGGAACAGGGAUAAAGGGGAG